AUGGUGUUGUACAAGAGAAAACAGGUACCGUUUGUGCCGCCGCCCGAAAUCCCAAAAGACCCAAAUACCGAGGUCUGGGUUAUCCCAAAAACAAAAGAGUGGUUUUUAACCUAUGCCGAGUACCUUGCCCGGCUUGAUUUUUACAACAAAAGGAAAUUUGUCUGUGAAAUCACCGGUAAUUCGUGCUUGACUUAUUUCCAGGCUCUAGAAAGCGAAGAAAACGAAAGAAAAGAAGUCGAUAAGAAUUUCCCAGAAAACCUACGUGAACAUAUUCUUCGAUAUCUACAAUUCAAUCGAGUUUCAAGAUCAGAUCAACUAGUAGAUAAUGUUUAUCAAACAUUUAAAAAUGACUACUUUCCCGGAGAAACGGUUUUUCUAAAAGGACUAGACGGCAAAGAUUCUUCAUCAUCAUCAUCAACAACAACAACAACAACAACUUCUUCUUCUUCUUCUUCUUCUUCUUCUUCUUCUUCUUCUUCUUCUUCAGGUAAACUGAAGGGAAUUAUUCGAGAAAAAGUGCAAUAUGGUCAUGAUCAACCAACAAAGUAUUUGGUGGUGAGAUCAAGCGAUAAACAUCAAGCUAUAGUUACCGGCGACGCGAUAUCUAGAGAUCGAAACCAGUUUACAAAAUGGCUAAUCAAAACAUUCAUCAAACUCACAAUGUCUAGGUCUCAUAAAGUAGGAGCGCCAUGGGUAGUAAAGACAGUUUAUGCUAAACAAUAUGGAAUACCAACAGUAUAUCCGGAAGAUCUCCGACAAUACAUGGAAUCCACUCCAACGGGAGAACAAACUUUUAUCCAACAAAAAAAGAGGAAAAUUGAAUCUCAAGUUGAUGCAAAAACCAAAUCUAGUAGUGAGGCUAAAAAGAGAAGGAUUGUUAAAGAGGAACUGAAAAGAGGAGGAGAAGAAACUGCUAGUGGUGCUGCUAACAAUAAUGCUACUGCUGCUACUGCUGCUACUACUACUACUGCUACUACUACUGCCACCUCUGCAUCUGCAUCAUCUCCUCUGCAUGAUACUAAUCCAAUCAUACCAUUUCGUAAGAAAUUUCCAACUCAUUAUAUUCCAGAGUCGCUACAACGAGAAAUUGAAGAAGAAGAAGAACAAAAAAGUAAAUCACUGUCAAUUGUGUGGUCGCUGUUUCAGCCAACAAAGAAAAGCAUAGCUGAGGAUUUAUUUAUAAAGUUUGAUAUACAGAAUCUAAAACCAACAGCUAAAAAAUUGUUAGUUUCAAAAGAAAUAGUAGAAGACAAGAUAGAAAAUGAAGAAGAAGAAGAAGAAGAAGAAGAAGAAGAAGAAGGAAAAAAGAAACAAAAAGUGGAAGAAGAAGAAGAAGAGGUGGAAGAGGUGGAAGAAGACGCUAAUGAUGAUAGCGAAGAAGGAAAAACAAAGACAGUAUUGGUUCCUGUAAUGGCAGUACUGGAAGCACUUCAAGUCUGGGUUUUCAUGAAUGUAUAUCAUAAUGUAUUGAAUAUCGAUACAUUUACAUUUGAUGAUUUUAUUACUGCUUUGAAUUUGGAUUUGCUGCAUUAUGGCUCUCAUAUGGUUGAUGAGAUUUAUUGUGCUCUAUUAUGUAAAAUAGUUUCAAAUGAAAUACCGUCGCAAAAGGAGUUAAGGGAGGCGGAAUCGAAUGAUGAAAUAUACGGAUUGAAUAUAAAGGUACCCGUUAGGAUAGAGGUGGAAGAGAAAGAGAAAGAGGAAGGAGAGGAAGGAGAGGAAGGAGAGGAAGGAGAGGAAGGAGAGGAAGGAGAAGGAGAAGGAGAAGGAGAAGGAGAGGAGGGAGAAGGAGAAGGAGAAGGAGAAGGAGAAGGAGAAGGACUAAAAGAGGAGGAGGAAAAAGAGGAAGACGACGAGAAGGAGGAGGAAACCAACGAGUGUAAAAAACACAAACAAAAGAAUCUUACCAACAAAAAUGGGGUGAAAGAAAAUGGCAAAAAUAAAAUCAAAGAGGUUGAUGAGGUGGAAGGAAUUGACGAGGUUGACGAAGUGGAAGAUGAUGAAGAUUCUGACGAGGUUGAAGAGGUUGAAGAAAAUGGAAAGCCAAAUUCUAAUCAAGAGGAUAUAUCCCACUCUGCGUAUGCGGCACUCAAUUAUAAAGGUAUUUCAUGGCAUGAUCGAUUGAGAAGGAGAAAUUUUAAAGAUGGAAACUGGCAAUGUAUCCUAAUUGGUGUACUAUCAUUAGUGGAAAGUUUACCAAAAUAUAAAACAAUUAUUCAAGAGAUUUUUAAAGUACUAGCUCCCAAAGGUUCAUCCGUGACUCCUGCAGCUAUACAAAACAAUUUCUAUGAAAAUUUGGAUAUCGAUUUGAAACUACAUGCAUUGUGUAUAUUGACGGAUUUGCUUAUAUCAAGCCCUCUAGUGAGAAACUACAUAGAAGAGAGUCUUGAGAAUCAAACUUCACUUCGGAGAACUAGAUUGGAAAAUAUAAAAGAGUACAAAACAAAUAUGGAAAUAGUCAAGGAUGCUCAAGAUUUCAUCUCAAAAGAGUUACCACCACUACCAUCACCAGUAGCACCAGAAUCUGAAGAAAUCAAAACCAAAGUAUCUUUAGAAGAAACAGAAACAAAUGGAACACAACCACCGACGCCGCCUCUGCCGCCGCCGCCACCACCAUCAUCUCAUUCAUCACUACCACUACCACCGUCAAGCAAAAAUCAGUUGAAUUUUCAAUCAGUUGAAAUGUCUGAAAGAGAAUCAGAAUAUGCUCAAACGCAUCCUGAAUUUCUAGAAAAAUGUAAUCUGCGAAAGCAAGCAUUACUCAAGAUUAAUGAAAUCAAGGAGAAUAAAAAAUUGAUUGAACAAAAAUUGAAUGAAUUGGAUUGUCAAAGAGUAAAACUAUUAGGCAAAGAUCGUUUAUAUAAUAGGUAUUGGUGGUUCGAGAAUAAUGGAUUACCAACAUUACAUGCUAUCGGUUCUAAUGGUGACGAAGAUGAAGAUGAUAACGAUAACGAUAAAAAGGAAGAAGAGAUUGAGUCGCAGGAUAGUAGCGAUGCUGCAGCAGAUGAUGAUAUACGCGAUGAAACAUACCUUAUGGGUAGAUUAUGGGUACAAGGUCCAAGUAACAGCGAUAUAAUUGCUAAUUUCAAAUGUGAAGUUGAACAAAUCAGAAAACUUGUAGAAUCAAUGACCGAUGUGAAUGUAAAGACCCUGGAAGAGGAGAAGGGAGAAGGAGAGGAGGAGGCAGAGAAAAAGGGGGAAGAAGAGGAAGAAGAGGAAGAAAAGAACAAAGAAAAAGAAGAAUACAAAGAGAAAGAAAAAGAGAAAGAAAAAGAGAAGGAGAAGGAGAAAGAUAAGGAUGCCACGGGGAAAACCAAAACUAAACAAAUGGAUUUUUCCACACUUUCAUCUACUUUCAGAAAAGCAGCUGAAACCAUUGGGUUAAAAUUCACUGAAAAUAAUAUACACAAAAUUGAUGAUGAUAAUGAUGAUGAGCCGAUAGUGGAUCAUGAAGGUUCAUUGUUAGUGCCGUUAUCAAAAAUAUCCCCAAUACAACGCAAAUUUAUUGAAGAGUAUAGAGACCCCAUAUUGGAUGGAGAUUCAUGGAGGUUUUAUGAUGAUCCCGAAGAUGUUGCCAAACUAUUAUCUUGGUUAAAUCCAUGGGGCAAACGAGAAUCUGCUCUACGUAAAGAAAUAACUACAGUUAAAGAAGCAAUGAUAUCGAGUAUGGAAGCAAGAAAACGAGCUUUGUUUAUAAGUAUCGCGUCACCAGAAAAACAAGUUAUUCUUGAUGAUAUAUCCAAAUUGAAAACAAGGUUAAAAGAAAUUGAACGAGGAAUUAAAGAAGAAAAGAAUAGGAAAGCGGAUACUCCAGAUCGCGAAGGUGACGAUUCAAGUGAUGUUAGUUUAAUCAGACGAGUCUCACGAACCAGAAAGAGAAACAAAGUGAUGAAUACCGUAGGUAGUGUUGUGAAAUAUGGAAAUGUGGAUGAUAUAAAUACAAUGUUGCGAGAACUUGACGUUAAAUUGAAAGAACAAAAGAAAGAAAAUCAAAUUAAUAGAGUUAUUGAAUGGGUCAACUCUCGUGCUUUAGACUUGUUCAACAAGUCUUUAUACGAAGGAGGAGACAAAUUGAAGAGAAGCAAAAGAAAAUAA